CUAUGACCGGCUCACCUUCCUGCUGCCCCCCCUGAACCCCCAGACCCAAAUGGCCCAGCCGCUGGAAGACGAACCAUCGCUGCGACAAGACUCCAUCGCGGGGCCCUUUGCCCACGGGGCCACCACUGAAGGGGCCCCGCAGCCUGCAUCCUUCUGCCUUCCAGAGACGGAAGUGGGAUCUGUCCAAUCCCCGGGAGCCGGGGAUCUUUUCCCGGUGGGUCACCCGGCCUCCCCUGCCGAAUCCAGUGGCUGCGCCCCGAUCCCCGACCUCAAAAUUUGCAACUGGAAGAAGUACCGCUUCAUCGUCCUCAAUUCCACGACGCACCAGGCGGAGGACAGCUCAUUGGGCGAGGUGGGACAGUCCAGCCGCUCUGCAGAAGGAAGCCCCACCCCCAGGAGGCCUCUGACUGACCGCCGGUGCUCCAUUUGCAACCCAGCACCCACAACACUGUCUUCUAAGCCCCCCAAGGAGCUUCCUGCACAAAGACGAGACGGCUGCAGUUCCGACAGUAAAUCCUCCAGCUGCCAGGCCUGUGAUCUGCAAUAUCUCCAAGAAGAGGAUGAAGAAGAGGGAGGCAGCCCACCCGCCGGCCAGGGGGCAGAGGAGAAACCCUACAAAUGCCAUUUCUGCCGCUCUGCCUUCCGUUGCAAGGGGAACCUGGCAAGCCACCAAUCCUUGCACGCAGGGGAGAAGCCCUACCAUUGCGCCAUCUGUGGGGCCCAGUUUAACCGGCCGGCUAAUCUCAAGACGCACUUGCGCAUUCACUCCGGAGAGAAACCCUACAAGUGUGAGAUGUGUGAGGCUCGUUUUGUACAGGUGGCGCAUCUCCGAGCCCACGUCUUGAUCCACACGGGAGAGAAGCCUUACCCCUGUGGCACCUGUGGCACCCGCUUCCGACACCUGCAGACCCUGAAAAGCCACCUCCGCAUCCACACCGGGGAGAAGCCUUACCAUUGCGAGCAGUGCCAUGUGCGCUUCCGCCACAAGAGCCAGCUGCGUCUGCACCUGCGGCAGAAACACGGCGCCGUCACCAACACCAAGAUCCGCUACCAGGUGCUGGAUGGCCCAUAUGCCACCAUCUGCUGAAGGCCGGGAAUCCUUAUCGUCCCAAACCACGAUUGCUGGUUUCUGGGCCAGGAAGGGAUCCGACACUUCGCGUUUCGCGGAUGGAGAAAAAUUUCCAUCCUUUUUUGCACAUUCCACCUUUUGCGGUGCAGGCAGUCCUCGACUUACAACGGUUCCGUUUAAUGACCGUCCUGAGUUACAGCAGCACUAAACGUGAUCAAAAUUCAGACGCUUGGCCACCGACUCCUAUUUAUGACAUUUUCAGCGUCCCGGGGUCCCUGCCAUUCUCCUUUUUGGCGACCUUCUGACCAGUCAAGGCAAUUGUGAGAUCUGGAUUCGCUUAAUGACCGGCUGAUUUGCUUAACAGCUGCAAUUAUUUGCUUAACCAACCACUGUGAGGAAGAAGGAGGUUACAAAACUGGGCGCGAUUCACUUA